UUUUACAGCUUCAUUUCAGUUGCUCAACGUUAGUACAAAAAUGCAGCACAUAAGCUCAUUUUUACUUCUGUCGUGUGUUCUACUCUUGGCAAAGAGUGCACUUGGGGAAGACUGCAUUGACUACGAUGAGCAUAAAGACGAGAUAGAAGGAUGUUGCUCACUGCCUCCGGUUCUGCCAGGUGACAAUGCCAAGGAAUGUGCUGAGGAGGCCAAGGGAAAGGCGUCCGAUGUGCACAACCUGUAUGCCUGCUUCUUUGAGUGCUACAGCGAACGGAACGGAAUCGUGAGCGGCAACUCGGUCAACCUGGACACGCUGAACGGGUUUGCGGACGCCCAGGGAGGCGCGGUCGGGGACGCCUGGAAGGCCGUGUUUGCAAAGUGUGCCGGCACGUCGGACGAGAUCAUCCAGAGCAUCCAGGGCCACAGUCUGAAGUGCAACCCGUACGCGCUGGAGCUGAAGACGUGCUUCGUGUUCGAGAUCGAUCGGGUUUGCCCGGACGAGUACUUCCAGUCCAGCGAGCUGUGCGACAAGAUUCGGGGAGGAACUCCGUACUGCCACCAUCAGUAGGUGAUGCAGGGGUUGAACACUUGGAGCAAAAUGAUGAAGGAUCGGUUUCUGCUAGCUUAGAUUAUGUUUAAAUUGAUUGAAAUAAAGGUACUAAAAUCCAUGCUUAA